GUUCUGUCGAAGCAGAAGCAACGCCUCAAAAGGGCACAGGAAAACAGGUUGGGUAAAGCUAGUGAGUACUUUAGUUUAAACUCGUCAUUAAACAUCACAAAAACAUGGCUUCCAAACCAGGCAUUCUAACAGAAUGGCCAUGGACAUGGCUUGGGAACUUCAAGUACGUGGUUUUGGCACCAUAUGUGACUCACAGCUUACACUCAUUCUUCAUGAGCGAAGAUGAAAGCAAGAGGGAUAUGACAUACUUAAUUAUAUUCCCAUUUCUACUCUCCCGAAUGCUUCACAACCAGAUAUGGAUAUCCUUAUCUCGCUACAGAACUGCCAAGGGUGAUAACCGAAUUGUUGACAAGACCAUUGAAUUUGAUCAAGUUGACAGAGAAAGAAACUGGGAUGAUCAGAUCAUACUUAACGGACUGUUGUUCUACUAUGGAUACACGAAGCUGGAACAGGCUCAUCACAUGCCUAUUUGGAGGACAGAUGGGAUCAUUAUGACAGCUUUGCUCCAUACUGGUCCUGUUGAAUUUCUCUACUAUUGGCUUCACAGAGCUUUACACCACCAUUUCCUCUACUCUCGAUAUCAUUCUCAUCACCAUUCCUCCAUUGUGACUGAACCCAUUACUUCUGUGAUUCAUCCAUUUGCAGAGCAUAUAUCAUAUUUCUUGCUAUUUGCCAUACCACUUCUCACAACUGUGCUAACUGGGACUGCUUCAAUAGUUUCAUUUGGUGGAUAUAUUACUUAUAUUGAUUUUAUGAACAACAUGGGCCAUUGCAAUUUUGAGAUAAUUCCAAAAUGGAUGUUCUCCAGCUUUCCCCCUCUCAAAUACUUGAUGUAUACACCCUCGUACCAUUCACUCCAUCACACUCAAUUUAGAACAAACUACUCGCUUUUCAUGCCAAUGUACGAUUACAUCUACGAUACGCUGGACAAAUCUUCAGACACAUUAUACGAAAAAUCACUCGAAAGGCAAGGCAAAUCGCCGGAUGUGGUGCACCUAACACACCUAACAACCCCAGAAUCCAUUUACCAUCUCAGGCUAGGAUUUGCUUCUUUUGCCUCAGAACCUUACACAUCUAAGUGGUAUUUUUGGUUAAUGUGGCCUGUUACAUUGUGGUCUAUGAUGGUUACUUGGAUUUAUGGUCACACAUUUACUGUUGAGAGAAAUGUGUUCAAGAGUCUGAAUUUGCAAACUUGGGCGAUCCCAAAAUAUCGCAUACAAUAUUUUAUGCAAUGGCAAAGAGAGACGAUUAACAACUUGAUUGAGGAAGCUAUCAUGGAAGCAGACCGAGAAGGCAUAAAAGUAUUGAGCCUUGGACUCUUAAAUCAGGAGGAGCAACUGAAUAAUAAUGGUGAGCUUUACAUAAGAAGGCAUCCUGAGCUCAAAGUGAAGGUGGUUGAUGGAAGUAGCCUAGCUGUUGCUGUGGUCCUAAACUCUAUUCCAAAAGGAACCACACAAGUGGUCCUUGGAGGCCAUUUGUCUAAAGUUGCAAAUGCCAUUGCCCUUGCCUUAUGCCAAGGGGGAGUCAAGGUCGUGACAUUGCGAGAAGAAGAGUACAAGAAACUCAAAUCAAGUCUUACCCCUGAAGUCGCAACUAAUUUGGUUCCCUCAAAAACAUAUGCUUCAAAGAUAUGGCUAGUAGGGGAUGGAUUGAGUGAAGAUGAACAAUUGAAAGCACCAAAAGGAACAUUAUUCAUUCCCUUUUCACAAUUCCCACCAAGGAAAGCUCGCAAAGAUUGCCUCUACUUUCACACACCAGCCAUGAUCACUCCAAAACACUUUGAAAACGUGGACUCCUGUGAGAAUUGGCUUCCAAGAAGAGUGAUGAGCGCGUGGAGAGUAGCUGGAAUAUUGCACGCACUGGAAGGCUGGAAUGAGCAUGAGUGUGGGAACAUGAUGUUUGAUAUUGAGAGAGUCUGGAAAGCAAGUCUUGAUCACGGUUUUAGCCCAUUGACUACGGCUUCUGCUUCUGAAUCCAAGGCUUGAGUUAGACAUUUAUGUUGUAGUUACUAGCUUGAGUGUGGUGGCAUAUGAGUUUAUAAUUAAAAUGCAUACUAUAUAAAGUAUCAACUUGAUGUCAAAUCUUGUUGUUCCUAUUAUGUAAGACCUUUUUCAGUGUUUUUUCCUUUUUUUGAAAUUGUUAAUUUCGUUCUCUGGA